UGGCGUCACGACCGGUACUGAGUACUUGGCGCCGGAGCUUUAUAGUCUCAGAGAGAGUGGGAUGGCUGACGACCUGUCCCCUGAGCCUCCGGCUGGUCCGGUGUGCACUUUCCUCUUCAAGAAGUCGAACCGUAAGGGCAACGCGGGUCGCCGGAAACGGCCUGCCUUCGACAAGCCGCCCAGAGCAGACGGCGGCAGCAGCAGCAGCAGCAGCAGCGAUGAGGGAAACGUCGUGGUCCGGCGGGAGAAAAGGCGCCUGGUCCCCAACCCCAUGAUCCAGAAAACGCGCGGCAGCUGCCGGGAGAAGAAGGCGCCCGCCUCUUACAGCGGCGCUAGCAGCGGCGGCGACGACGAGAGCGAGCCUUCGCCCUCCGUGAGCGUCGUCUAUAAAUCCACACGCUCGGCCAAGCCCGUGGGCCCCGAGGACAUGGGCGCCACCGCCGUGUACGAGCUGGACACGGAGAAGGAGCGCGAUGCCCAAGCCAUCUUCGAGCGCAGCCAGAAGAUCCAAGAGGAGCUUCGCGGCAAAGAGGACGAUAAGAUCUACAGGGGCAUCAACAAUUACCAGAGGUACGUGAAACCCAAGGACACGUCCAUGGGCAACGCCUCAUCGGGCAUGGUAAGAAAGGGGCCCAUCCGUGCGCCCGAACACCUGCGCGCCACGGUGCGCUGGGAUUAUCAGCCCGACAUCUGCAAGGACUACAAGGAGACCGGCUUCUGCGGCUUCGGAGACAGCUGCAAGUUCCUGCACGACCGCUCUGACUACAAGCACGGCUGGCAGAUCGAGCGCGAGCUGGACGAGGGUCGUUACGGGGGCAUCGACGAAGACAACUACGAGGUGAGCAGCGACGACGAGGACCUGCCUUUCAAGUGCUUCAUUUGUCGACAGUCUUUCCGUAACCCCGUGGUGACCAAGUGCAAGCAUUAUUUCUGCGAGGGCUGCGCCCUCAGUCACUUCCGCACCUCCCAGCGCUGCUACGUCUGUGACCAGCAGACCAACGGGGUUUUCAACCCAGCCAAGGACCUGAUCGCCAAGCUAGAAAAACACCAAGCAGAGGGAAAGGCGGGCACCUCUGACCCCUUAGAAAGCUCAGAUGAAGGUGUAAACCCCGUAACUUAAACCUAGGGAACUAACUGGUAACAAUAAAAUCUCUCUCUUUUAAGUUUUGA